AUGAGUUCGAGAGCCCUAAGGAAACAGCAAAAUGAUGCUGAAUUACUUGAAUCCAUAUUAAACUCCAACGCCACAACUAAGAGAACUACGCAGCAGCAAAAGCCAAAGGCUAAUAUGGCCACAACUAACAUAUUCUCUUUGAUGGAUGACUACAAUAGUGACGAUAGCGAAGAUGUAAAAGAUGAUGCUGAAGAAUUUGAAUUACAUAAAGACGUUGCCGAUGAAGAGAACGAGGCAAUUGCUGCUCCAAAAAUACAGCUAGCUUCCAAGAAGUCAAGAAAGAAAGCAAACAAAGGUAGAAAGAAUAAGAAGAAGGACAACAAACCUGUAAAUGAACCUCAGAGUGAUACAAAGGAUGAUAUUGGAAACGACGAAGAACUUGAUAAAAUUAUCAGAGAGUUUCAAAAGAGUUAUAUUAAUACUACAAAUCUACAUCACGAUGAUGAUAUUGAUGGUGAUGAGUUUGUUACCGCCUCAGAGAGUGAAAGUUAUGAUGAAGGUACCAGAUCAAGUACUAAAAAAACGAGUAAUCAUAACCUGUUCACCGAUCCAGGAUUUAGUAAUUUUAAUAUAAGAGGCUUAAAAGCUUGUGAACGUUUCUUUAAUACAGAUAUUAGAAAAUUAGAUCCUCAUACUGAAUAUAAGCUACUGUUUGACGAUAUAUCUGCUAAAUCAUUAGAAGACAUAGAUUCUGUAUCGUCGGUAUCUAUUUCACCACAACAAUUAAAACAAAUACAGCGUCUAAAGCGAAUGGUAAAAAAUUGGGGUGGCAGAGAUAGACGUACUGUACCAAAUGGGCCUGGUAACAGUCCCCAUAGAUUAAGAUUAACUAAAGUUCGAGAUGACUGGAUACCAACCCAAAGAGGUGAAUUCAAGAUGGCAUUGAUGACAAAAUCUGAAGUGAUGGACUGGCAAUUAUGGAUGUCACCAUUAGAUUGGAAAGAUGUUGUGGAAGAGAGAGUCGGUAGUUUGCACAAAUUCAUUUCAUUUUACAAAUUUGAAAGUGUCACACCUGACAUCACUAGGAAAAGUUUGUCUGAGUUUUACGUUUCUGUCAUUCUGCAUCCUGACCAUGAAGCUUUAAUUAGUUUGAUUUCUUCUAGAUAUCCUUAUUUGGUUCCUGGUUUAUUGCAAGUGGCUUUGAUAGCUAUCAGACAAGGUGAUAGGUCAAAUACCAAUGGAUUAUUGCAGAGAGCAUUAUUUGUAUUUGAUAGGGCGUUAAAAACUACUGUUCAAUUUGAUGGUGUCAAAUGUCAACUUCCAUAUAUCUACUUUAUGAACAGACAGUUUUAUCUAACAAUUUUUAGAUAUAUUCAAGCACUCGGUCAAAGAGGUGCUGUUGGAACAGCAAGCGAAUGGACCAAAGUCCUUUGGUCUUUGAGUCCUUUAGAGGAUCCGUUAGGUUGCAGAUAUUUCAUUGAUCACUAUUUGCUACUAAACGAAGAAUAUCAGUAUAUUAUUGAUGUUGCCAAGUCUCCGUUGUUUACUACAUAUAAGCAGUGGUAUACAUUAGGAUUUAGCCUUGCUGUAACCUUAAGUUUGAUUCGAUUAGGCAAACUAAAGGAAGCUAGACAAGAGAUUGAAAAGAAUGCCAAGAUAAACACAGCUUGUCUAAUGACCCUCUUUUUGGAGCACCUAAAAGGAGAUGUCUCUCAAGUUCAAACCACUAUUGAACCAACAGAAAGGGAUAUUUUGGAGUUUAAAUCUUAUGUGACGAGGUUUCAACAUCAUUGGAAAUCUACUGAAGAAGUCAACUUUUUGCACGAUGAGCUGUCUCGUAUAUUUACCAAUUCAAUCGAUCUUGAUAGUGAUCUUGACAAUGCAGCUACAAAUGAUGAUGUAGAAUCGCCAUUUUACAUUGAUGGAAUCCCAGUUAAUCUAUUGAGAUUUGCAAUUUUAUCCGAAGAGUCUUCAUUAAUGGCUGCAAUUCCAAAAAGAAUAUGGUCGAACUAUGAAAUUUAUGAAUUUGAUGUAUUACCGCCUAUCCCUACUACUAAAGAAUCUAGAGAUGUUAUAGAAAAUAUCAAAUCAUUGAUUAAUGAGAGUGAGCUAAUAAGCUCACAGGCUGAAGCGUUACAAAAUGAGGAAAUACUUAGAAGAAUUCAGCAGUUAUCAUUACAGGAAUAUAUGGAAGGGAACCCGCAAGAACUAGAUAUUUAA